CGCCGUCUUCUCACCGGGAGUCAGUGCGUCCGCGACUGUCAACCACACCUUGUCGGGGAAGCCUGCUUCGCUGGGCUCCGUUCGCGACACAAACACAACACCUAUACACCUGCACACUCGUGAAUACACCGUACACACAUACGCACACCAGACGUGUACAGCUCCUUUGGCGUGUGGCCACACCGUGUGCGCGCACCCCCAGCCGCCCGACAGUCUGUGUUUCGCUUUCGUCGACGGCCUGCCUGUUGCGGGACACAAAACGAUUCAUCCGAGACUGAAGACAAACAGUUUUCAAAGGACAGUUGAAAAUGGACCUAAAAAGGAAAGUAGCCCUGGUGACCGGUGCUGCUACCGGAAUCGGCAAGGCGUUUGCCACGGAGUUAGUGUACCAAGGCGCACAGGUUGCCGUGUGCGACAUCGAUGUAAACGAGGGUGAAAAGCUGGUGGAAAUGUUAACUUCAGAUUAUGGAAAGGAUCGUGUAAUUUUCUGUCAGUGCGAUGUUACAGAUUACUCACAGUUCGAAGAUGUAUUUCAGAAGACAAUCGCAACGUUCGGUCACAUCGACAUUGUUGUAAACAAUGCUGAGAUGAUGAACGAUCGACUUUGGGAGCUGCAAGUCGAUAUUAACAUUUAUGGCGUGAUCCGCGGAACACUGCUUGCUCAACAAUUCAUGAGAACAGACAUGGGAGGUCACGGCGGAAUAGUGGUCAAUAUUGGAAGCAAUGUCAGCGUUAACCCCUACCCCAGUCUUCCAAUUUACUCUGCCACUAAAGCGGCCAUUGUCAAUUUCACCAGAGCGUUCGGGCACCAGUACCACGUGGAUUUGACCGGCGUGAAGGUGAUGGCACUGUGCCCAGGUGCGACGGAUAGCAAAUCGUUAAAGGAUGACAGUAAACAUCUGCUCUGGCGUCGAUAUGAGGAUGCCUGGCACUGUGACAUAGCUAAUUCCGUGCCACAAAGAGCGGAGCACGUGGCGAAGGCGUUGGUCCACGUGCUAACCACCGGCAAAAGCGGAAGCAUCUGGCUGGUCGAGAAGGAUCAGCCACCUCACGAGAUCACUUUCUCGAAGAUCUAAGAAUCCACGUGGUUUCACCCUCGCUUGAAUACAAAUUUAACCAUGCCGUACCAUAAUUGCGAAUGUACCUUUAUUAUACUGCCGGAACGGCCGGCGACGGACACGCGAGACCCAAGUGUAGCACCUCUGACAGAAUUGCACAGGGUUCAAUGUAUAAACGUACCGUAUUUAUCCAACCUGUAAUAGAUAAGUAAACGAGUAUAAAACGAUAUGUAUUUGACGUCGUUCUUCGCGCUUCGCUGUGCAUGGUAAGCUGGCUCGGACACAUCUAGUAAUUUACUCGAACGACUGCCACAUAUUUAUUGACGAACGAUUUAUUACGUAAAAUUAUCACAGAGUGGUCAUGAUUUUAAAGUCACUAUUAAUUUCUCAAACGAAAUAAAUCAAAUAUGCUCGUCAGUUUAAUGAUACUACCAACAGUUAGUAAGGAAUAAAGGAAUAUUCUGUUUUGUAUGAAAAUACUCUUUAGAAAUUGAUAAUCAAUUUAUAUUUGAUAAGAGAGUAAAAUCGACCGAAAAAUCGAAGAUGGAUCUCGAAAUCGUUUUACUAAAUCACUGAACUAACUUUCAACGUCCGCGAACAGUACAGUUAAUAUUAUUAACUUAAUUUGCAACUCAAUUAACACAUCGCGUACCGGUAACAAGAAAUCUCGUUUUUAUAUAAAGACACUUAGCUAUGCAACUUGGCUAAUUACCACAGCAUUGAAAAAAUAUAAAAUUUAAUUCGAAUUGAUUAUCUAUUUAAAAUAUACUACAUAACAAUAUGACAUCUGAGUUUUUCUAUGUAUAUUGAUAUCAGUUGACCUCAGUGAAAAUUGCCAUCAGCACAAUUCAGUUUUCUGAAAAUUAGCCGGUACGCAAUGUGUUAAGUUACUAGACGUGCCUGGAUCAGCCUGAUACUCGAAUUAAAAUGCGACACCCGAACGCGAUCAAGAAUUGACAAAACAAAAGAAGUUGCCAAUCGAUCGUUGCCACUGUCGAUUAUACACCAACAACCCGUCGCGCCGUAACAAAGAACAAAGUUUCAACAAAGGCGGAGUGUUCUGCAUACUUGGCGAGAACACCUUUUUGUACAUUGUUAUGCGUUCCAUGAUUACACCUAAGUAGACUUUAAAGACCUAGCGUUAACACCGACGAAGCAAUCCUCGAAGAUGCCAUCGGAUCUUCGAUCUCCAUUUUCCUCCGGGAGUCGUCGAGUUCGAUAGAAGUUAGACGAAUAAUAGUGAAAAAGAGAAACUGACAUUUUCUAGCAAACACGUCGAUCGAAACGAAAAAUUGAAAUUUUCGACGAGCGCGUCGAUCGUAAGGAAAAACAGAAAUUUUUUAUGAACACGUCGAUCGAAACGAAAAACAGAAAUUUUCCAAGCACGAUCGUGCAAUGAUUCGCGUCGCGACAAAUAGAAAAAGUUCGUCGUGGAUCGAGAACUUCCGCUGGAAAUUGGAUCAUUGACAGCUGCCGUGUCCUUUAUACAUAACAUUUCGUAGACUGUUCCGAUGCUCGACAAUUUGUAUCGCAUUCUAGUUUGUAUACACACAUACACACACACACCGUCAGCUAUUUGUAAAAUCGAAAAUCUUUGCCUGUACAAAAAUACUCGGUGGACGUGUCGUAUUUUCGCCACGGUUCGUCAGGUAGUGAGAGGAUUAUACGUAUAAAGGAAAAACGAAGAAAGAAAAAUAAAGAAAAGUCGGUCCACGAUCUGGUGUAUCGACUCGGAGCACAAAGAAAAGGGGAAAAAGCAAAGAACACAGACAAAAAGUAUCCAUCGCUUCCGUUCAUCUCAAUCCACCCAUCAAGCGUUCGUAAGUAUUAUCAGAGUCAACGAAAAUGAAUGAUUGGGCAGCGGAUUUGAUGCGUUUAUGGCUAUUAAAAUGCAAUUAGAAUAUGAAGUAGAUAACUAUGCAAAUAGAAUGUAAAACGGGAAAAUCUUCGUAAGAAUUUAGGUAUAAUGUCACUUUAUUCUCAACUUAUUGAAACUCUUAAGAAAAGAAAUUAGCUUGACACUAGAACUAUCAAACAGUUGAAUUGACUUCUUUAAAUUUAUCAAGUUUUUAAAAUUAAAUUCAGAUAUAUAAUUAAAUUGGUUUGUCAUUCAGUUUGGUAAUCACUAAAUUAAUCCCAUUAAUAAUUUCUCAUACAAGCAUGUAAUUAUCUUUUCGAUAAUUGUAGAACGAUUACAAAAUGGGUCAGUUUAAUCCAUCUGGUAGUUCUAGUUUCAAACCCUUAUUUCUUUUAGUUACAUAAACAAAUUUUGAUAUUGCAUACAGAUCCGCUGUCUGAUAAUGAUCGUGGGGUAGACGAGUCCAAUGCAUUGUCCAUGAUUACAAUACAAUCACGCUCGUAAUUUUUAUACGAACUUUUAAACGGGGAUUACGACCAAUGGGAGAGGAAACGAAUAAUCGUAGGUUUUAGAUAUACGGAAUCGAGGCCUAAGCCCGGUGUCUUCGGCGCACAAAUCACAAUUAUUAUAUAUAUAUAUAUAUAUAUAUAUAUUUUAA